AUGUAAAUUAGUACUUGGCAAACAAUUAAUAAAAUUUUAUUUAAUUUAAUUAGUAUUCAAAUAUUAUUUAAAAUACACAAGUCUAAUAGAUACUUAUUAUCUAAAAAUUACUCAAAAAAAGAGUGUGAAAAAUGAAAGAAUGGUUAAAAAUCUCAAUUUUACUGAGUGUAUUUGGUUUUUUCCGAGAAAAUCGACCAUCCGAACCAUAUGGAAUCGAAUUUAUGACCGGACCAUGGAAAAAUUUAACAUUAGAAGGUAUUACUCGUGAGGCAAUGCCUAUAGGAACAUAUUCACAUUUAAGUCAACUGAUAAUAAUAUUCUUAAUAACGGAUUAUUUUAAAUAUAAACCAUUAAUUGUAUUGUCCGGCUUAUCAGGUGUAGUAAUAUGGGCUGUAUUAACAUGGACAAAAACUUUAUUUGGAAUACAAAUAUUUCAACUAUUUUAUGGUACUUAUUUAGCAACAGAAGUAGCCUACAUCACUUAUAUUUAUGCUAAAGUAGAUAAGAAAUAUUAUCCAAAAGUAACAUCACAUACAAGAGCAGCAUUAUUAAUUGGUAAGCUUGUAGCAAGUAUAUCAGCUCAAAUAUUAAUAUAUUUUGAAUGGAUGAACUAUAUGGAAUUAAAUUAUAUAACAUUAGCAUCACAGAGUAUAGCAACAAUUUGGGCUAUAUUUUUACCAAAUGUUACAAAAACGAUUUAUUUUCACAGAGAAAAAUCUUUAAGUAACGAAUCUAAAGAAAGCGAAUAUGGUAAUAGUAUAAAUAUAAAUAAUAUGGCUAGCUCAACAGAUAAUAUAAUACAAUCAAAAAAUGAAGAAAAUCCAUUCAAGCUCAUUUAUACACACUUUAAAAAUGCCUAUACGAAUCGAUAUGUUAUACAAUGGAGCAUUUGGUAUGCAAUUGUUUUAUGCGGUUACCUUCAAGUUACUGCAUAUAUUCAAACAUUAUGGAAAGAAAUUGAAAAGGAUCUACCUAUAAUAUGGAAUGGUAUAGUGGAAGCUAUUUUUACAUUUUCAGGUGCUAUAUGCGCUUUGUCUGCUGGUUAUUUACAUGCAGGACGUUUGAGUAAUACAUCGAGCCUCCUUUUUCUAUCUGUAUUAUCAAUAUGUAACGGAUGUGUAAUAUUGUUUACAACUUUACAACACAACUUAUAUUUUUCAUAUGGCGGUUAUGCAAUUUUUGGCGCAAUUUACGCUUUUUCAAUUACAGUUGCUAGUAGUGAAGUUGCUAAGCAUUUAGAAGAAGACAGUUUUGGUUUAGUAUUUGGCGUAAAUACGUUUAUUGGAUUAGUCAUACAAACAAUUUUAACAGUGUUGGUUGUUGAUGGAAGUGUGAUUUUACUGGAUAUAUUUGGACAAUAUUUCGUUUAUUCUGGAUACUUUAUAACUGUUGGUGUUUCAUUUUGCCUUUUUAUUUUGUUUGAAACUUGUGUUGCUCGAUAA